GAUAUGGUCGCACUGCCCUAGCACUGCGUAGAAAUAAUCAGUAGCCGUUCGUUUGGAAUCAGCAUUCUGUUUUCGAAUAUUCGUGUGGCUCCAAGUCUAGACAAAAUUGCUAGUAAAAUUCUAUAGCUCCACGGAAUACCCUGCAGCACCAGCCGAACCGAACCCCCUGAGCAUCAGCUCUUCCAGAAUCUAGACGAAGAAGAAGCCGAUGAUAUAAUAAUGUCACGAUCCCUCACUCGCUGCCUGGGCACCUUCGGCCCUGGCAGUUGGAUGCCCAUGGCUGCCCUGCGCGGAUUCCUGCUGCCCGACCUGACCUCGGCGCUCCCGAUGGCCGCCGCCCAGCGGGCCAGUUACGCCAAGCGCAACGGACCGCCCUGGGACGCUGAGCAGCCAUUCAAGACAGUGUCCAAGUCGCGACGACGCGUCGACGAUUACGACGACGACGAGCUAAUCAAUCUGGAGAGCGAGCCCAACUGGGAGCUAACCGCCUCGAAGAACAACCGAUUCUACCUGCCCCAUGCCACUGGGCCAGCCUGGCAGGGCGACACCACCACUGUUAGCCUGAUGGCACCGCUCAACCAGUUGGUUAACUUCAUGAAGGAGGAGAACGCGGAUGGGUCGCGUCUUGAGUUCACCUGCUGCCAGUGCCCGGUGCUGUUGCGCGAGUCGCUCGCGGAGCUGUUCCCCAUGCGGAUUGGGUCACAGCGAAAUUCGCCCAUUACCAUGCUCACUCUGAGCAAUGAGGGGGACAUAGAGAUGGGUGCAGCCAAGUUUGUGCUGGCUGCUCGGGACAUUAGCUAUCGCCUGUUGUCGCUUGGCUAUUGGGCAGACUUCCUCAACCCGUUCAGCGGCAGACCCUAUAUUAUGCCCAAGGAUGGGCCCAACUUGUACAAGCAGGACCAUCGGUUCCGUGGCCUGAACAUGUCGCUGUCGCUGCAGAACCACUGCAUCAUCAUUUCCGCCGAGAAGAACGAUCGCACCCGCUUCUCGGGCACUAUAUAUUGCACUGCGCCCAGUGACUACAAGGAGCUGAUGGAGCUGCUGGUGUGGCAGGAGACCGAGGAAGACGAUUCUCGCCGCAAUCUGCCGAAGUGACGCCCAAGGAUGACGAUGCUUUUUAGUGAUGAUAACUGUGUUAACUGUUCAUCAAAUUGUUCUGUUACCCCCACCCCACCCCCGACCUGAUUCUGUACAUAAACCUGAUAGCUAAUGUUAUACAUACAUAUAUAUAUAUAUCUAUAUAUAUCGCUG